AACAAUAGUGUAUUUUGGUUCUUUAACAGCUGAUGUCUCAUAAAUAUAACGCCUUCUGAUGAAAUUGCCUAUUCUAUAGAUUAUUAUUAUUUUAUUAUUGAGGAACAAAAUGAGUUUGGAUAUAGCCAGCACAAUUAGGUUUCGAGACAUAUGCGGCGUGUUAGAGAAAGUAAAGGCCUCAAAGAAGGUUGCCAGUAAGGAGGCGGUCCUCAGGAACGUCUAUGAGUCCUUCUGUCGUCACCGCGUAUCCUUUCGACAGGAAUCCGGAUUAACUGACGACCAGGUCGAGGACGGUGUCAGUAGUUUUUAUUCGGUGCUGAGGCUGUUGCUUCCUGGUGCGGAUACGGGUCGGGAUAGCUAUGGACUGCAGAUCACGACGCUGGGCAAGCUGUAUAUCAAUGUACUCCAACUUCCCAAAGACUCUCACGAAGCCAUAAUGCUCCAAAAUCGAACCGGGAACACGUACAGAGACUAUGGCGAUGUCGUCAAUGCCGUACUCAAGCGCAGGUGUUUCAAUCCGCCUAGCAAUUUACGACUGAAGUAUAUCCACGAGUUGCUGGACACCAUUGCUAACGAGGACAUAGAAGUCAAGAAGCAACAUCUCAUCCGGUUCACAGAGCAGGCCUCGCCUCAGGAGCAGAAAUGGCUAAUCCGGUUACUGUUGAAGAACCUCGGUCUGGGAAUCGGGGAGCAGAAGAUCUUCGGUGUGCUGCAUCCGAAGGCACAGGACAUAUACCAACGCUGCUCUGAUUUGAGACAUGUUUGCAACCUUCUGGCUGGCAAGACCACUGACUUGGAAGCCAGCACCAGCACAGACAAACCCCCGGCUAAGUUUGUAAAUCUGAAUUCCGUAAUCCGACCAUUCCAUCAGAUACGUCCCAUGCUGUGCGAACGAUUCCCGGGUGAUAUCGAGCAACUGAUGCAUUCAGAUGUGCUCUAUGUGGAGACCAAAAUGGAUGGUGAGCGAUUUCAGCUGCAUAUUGAUCGUGGACGAUUCAUGUACAUCUCCCGGAAUGGUAUGGACUAUACUCGAAACUUUGGCAUUAGCUACGAUCAGGGUACCUUGACGCCCAAGCUAAGGGGUCUACUUCCUCUCGGCCUGGAGUCCAUCAUUCUCGAUGGCGAAAUGAUGGUGUGGGAUACCAACAAGUUAUGCUUUCGGGAAAAGGGCGAAAACACGGAUGUGAAAAACCUUAAGCCGGAUGGCCCCUGGCAACCAUGUUUCGUAAUCUACGAUCUACUGUACUACAAUGGCAACAGUUUGCUGGAUACUCCCUACGUCCGGCGGGCAUACAGGCUGCAAAAACUAAUAGUUGAGCAACCCGGAGUACUGCAGUUGAUGCGCGGUCGCAAAAUCACUUCCGUCGAGGAGUUCAACGAGCUGUUCCAGCAGGCUCUCGACUCCAACGCAGAGGGCAUUGUGCUGAAGAAAAAGUUAUCCAAAUAUCAGCCAGGAGUAAGACUGGGCGGUGGCUGGUACAAAGACAAGGCCGAUUACAUUAAAGGUCUGAUUACCGAGUUCGAUGUGCUGAUCAUUGGCGGCUUUUACAACCACAAGCGCACUUUUGUGGAGUCCUUUUUGCUGGGCGUUUUGCAACCAGUGCCAGCAGGUAGCUCCAAUCGACCCGAGGUCUUCAGCAUUGGAGUGGUUACCAAUAAUACGAAACAGCGCGGAGUGAUGAAUCACACGCUGAAACCACAUUGGCAUGAUAUGGUUAAGGAGCCACCGCCGCUGUGGUAUCACUACAAACCGGAACAACGAUCUGGAUGCCCCGAUCUGUGGAUUGAGCCACACAACUCAAUCAUCCUGCAGGUAAAGGCCGCCGAUUUGACGCCCAACGGCGCAUUUUUCACUCGAAAAUCAUUGCACUUUCCGCGCACUGAAAUGAAGCGUGAUGAUAAGCCCUGGAACGAGUGUAUGACACUCGAGGAGUUCAACGAUCUUUGCAAAGGUUCUACUGGCAUUAAAAAGUUGAACAAAAGGCCACUGCGUUUGGAGGAUGUGACCACCAAACGAAAGCAGAUGCGGAUGACGCCCUCGGAGAGGGAUCGGCCGGGUUUGGCUGUCUACGAGAAGCGCUGUGAUAUAGACCCUGCCGCUAGUACUACCAAACUCUUCGAAGGCCUGAGCUUUUGUAUUCUGAGCGGAUCCCCCGGACGGUAUAGCAAGCUUCAGCUUCAGGAGCUGGCCGCCAAAAACGGUGGCAGCAUCGUGGAUUAUCCUUUACCUAAUGAUCCGAAAUGCUUUUGCGUCGCCGGCACCGAGACGUUUCUGGUUAAACGCCUCAUCCUUCAAGAACCGCGCACUUGUGACAUUGUGCGCAUGGAGUGGCUAUUGAGGGUCUGUGAAAAGCAAGAGCUUGACCUACGGCCCAAGGAUCUUCUAUCCGCCACCAAGCCACUGCAAGAUCAUCUGGCGGAGUGCUUUGACCAGUUUGGAGAUAGCUACAACAAGGAUAUUGACAGUGUGGAGGAACUGCAGGAAAUUCUCCAGGACAUUGAACUGACGCCAGAGAAUUUAGCUGGCAUUACUGCAUCUGAAAUUCAUGAUUUGGAGGAUCAGCUGUUAGAUGGGAAAAAAUACCUGAACUUGUUUCGUGGUUUGCAUGCCCAUUUUUAUGAUCCACAUGGCGAUGAAUUGGGCAAGCUUCUCUUCCUGCAAAAUGGUGGCAGACUGGUAGACGAAAUCAAUCCGCAACUGAAUCUGGCAUUCAUCAAUAAGUCCAAUCUGGAAGACAAUAACUUGGUUAAUAAACCUGCCGGGUUAAGUGCUGACAAAGUCAUAAACUCUAAGUGGAUUCAUGAAUCAUAUGCGGCAGGCAUCCUCCUGCCCAUGCAAUCUUUUGUUUAAGUCGUUAAAUUUUUUUUCAAAGCUUUAUAUUAUAUUUGUAUUACAAAUUUUUUACCUUAUUAAUUCCAGUAAUAAAAUGAUAUACUCCUAUAGAGCCCCUAUAGAAACGAUAGUGAUAGUUUGUUAAAAAUCUUAGAUCAGGGCGGCUCUGACAUAACUGAUCUAAAUGUUAGGAGGUGUAGCACAGGUCUUACAUCAGUUCAACUUAAAUUAUCGUAAAGAACACAGCUAAGUAGAGAAAAAAAUUUUGAAAUUAUUUUUAUCUUUUAAAAAUUUUUAGUUAAAGAAAAUGGAAAGAACUAAUUCACGUCAUGUGGACUACUCUUCAAAUCUUCCAAAUCAAAUUUACAAGUCACAUGCUUCGGUGCUACAGGUCUGGGCAGGGAGAAAUAGGAAAUUUCUAAAGCCCUAUAGUCCUUUCGAUUAUUACCUCAGGGACUAUUUGCUUUGGCAUGAAACUGCACGUCCAUCUUCCUUGACCAAAAAACAGCUGCGUUUAAAGGCUUUUCGGGGUUGGAAACGUUUGACUGCACCCAGAAAAUUUCAAUAUGAAGUAAUGUCGCGGGUUCAUAAGUUCAGGUUACGGGAAUUAAGGAAUUUGAAAAAGAUACCUCGAAAUGAAAUUAUUUCAAAAACGAAACGAUUAUUUCAAAGACGAAAGCGAUGCACCAAAUCGAAGUAAAGCCGAAGGAACCCUCACAUUUCAUCUGGAGAAGCUAUCCCAUGGUGUUUUCAUCCAGCUCGAAUUACUGAUCUCCCAGGACUCCAGGAUUUAAUGUGAAAUUGACGAGUGAUGAAUCAUGUGUAUCGGGAAUGCGUAGUCCAAGCGCGAAGUUAAGCCGAUAGAGGAGUCCUCACUUCUUAACAGUCAUCCUGGAGCUUGCCAAAAUAUAUUUACCGGUUUUAGCCUACAAGA